AUGCACAGGUUGUUGUUGCCAAAGUUUGGCCUGCUUGUUUGUUUUCACAGCUGUAUCUCAGCCUUUACAUUGGAAACCAGAACCUUGACCUACGAUGAGUUAUAUUAUGAGUAUGUGCCUGAUAGCCUGCAGUGGAGCAGUGCAGGGGAGGUUUGUAACCAGCGAUCUGGGGCCUUGGCUGAAGUCAACAAUCCAGAAGAGAAACAAAACCUAACCAACUUCUUAAAGUCUCUGACCAUCUCUCAACCUGUCUGGAUUGCCAGGAAAGUCAUCACUUAUCUGACAAGCUCCUCCGACACCCUGAUUCUGGAAUUCAGUGGGCGCUCGGACAAAAAGCACGCCCGUCUCCGGCACAAGUUCUCCUCCAUGGGCUCAGUGACCGUUUGCACCCGUCUCCGCCUCGAUCCCAACUGCUUUGGAAUUUCUACCAUCUUCUCUUAUUCCAUCCAGUCGUAUAUUAAUGAGUUCCAGCUCCGAGCGAACGUGAUCCAGGGAAAGCCUGUGCAGCUGGCUCUGAUGGUCCAUGGCAUUCAUGGGCCUUACCAGGAAGCCUUUGCCCAUGACGACUCCUGGCACUCCGUUUGCGUUUCUUGGACCCAGAGUGGUGGACGCUGGGCACUGUAUACUCAUGGAAUCCUCCGGGGUAAAGGCCUGAACCAUGCAUUGGACCAGAGCAUUGGACCUGAUGGCUUUUUCAUUAUUGGACAAGAGCAGGACACGUUUGGGGGCUCAUUUAAGAAGGAUGAGUCAUUCUCAGGGAGCAUCACAGAGCUGCACAUUUGGGAUCGGGUACUGAAUAGCAGCGAAAUCUUCACCAUGGAAAAAGAGUGCUCGCUCAUUUCCUGUGGGCUGGUGUUCAAGUGGAGUAAAGCAGCCAUGGAAAUAGAGUCCUCCCUUAAAGCGCUGCAGGGAGACAGCCCAUGUCAAGGUAACUUCACUGUGUUAUCAGAUCCGCUCUUUGAGGAUGGAAAUACUAUCGAGAACCAAACAUUCUCCAUUAAGUUGUUCCACAGUUCUCAGUCUGAUGUGGACUGUGACAUCUUUGACCCUGUGGUGGGGGACUGCAGCGUGGCCAAGUGUGACUCAUUCAGAGGGGCUGUCUGCCAGUUUAAGAAAGAAGUGCUGGAGGUUUUCAGUUUACCGAAGACACCAUUCUUUAGCAGACUGGGCAAGAAUCCUCUGACUAAAACCGUGAUCGAGGAGCUGAGCGUCAACACUUCCUGGGGCGGAGACCUGAGCUCGCUGCAGCAGCUGUCGCAGGUCGUCCUGCAAGCCGUGGAGGCCGGUGACCCAAACGUCCUCUCCUCCAGUGACGUCCUCUUCCUCUCCCAGAUGAUUGAGACGGGCCUGACUGCAGCAGCUAGUACUCACUCAGCCGGACACGAUGCAGCAGAGGUCAUGGUCUCCAUUACUACUAACUAUGUGAAGGCAGCAAGUGUGAUGCUGGAGCCCAGCAUGGCCACACAGUGGAUGGGCCUGACGGAGGAUGGGGUCAGCGUGGGGCCAUUUACUGUUGUCAAGAGCAUUGACCGUCUCACUGAAGCUCUUGCAGACAUGUUGUCUGCUGAGAGAAGAGUCUUCACCCUUUCUACCAAGAACAUAGAUGUGUUCAUGAAAUGGCAAAAGUUAUCUGAAGACCACGGUCGUCAGGUCUUCAAACCGUCCGUGGUCAGCUCCAGCACCACGAGUCAGGAUGAGCUGGUAAUCCCUGACACUGAGCUCCAGAGGAUACACACCCUUGGAAAGGAGGAAGUGGUUUUGAUUCACACCCACUACAGUCAUCUGAGUGAAAUUGAGUCUGGAGCCCAGGAACCUCCAGUGAGUCACCAAGAGAGAACUGAAAGAAUGCCCUCAGGUCACCUGGCGUCUGCUGUCAUAUCAGCUUCCAUCCGCGAUCCCUCCACGGCCCAAACCAUCCCCGUGGCUGUCCAGUACACCCUGUCUUCAUCGCAUGUGGUGGAGUAUUCACAGAGACUAUCUCCUGUCUGUGUCUUUUGGAAUUUCAGCCUGAUGCACACUCACACCACUAGCUGGUCCAGUGUUGGCUGCAGGGUGACCUAUGCCGGCUCCGGUGUCACUUCCUGUCUAUGUAACCACACCACCAAUUUUGCAGUGUUGAUGAAUUACCUGGAGUCGAAGUGGAGUCCUGAGGAAGAGCUUAUUUUAACCAAGCUGACAUUCGUCGGCUCUGGUGCGUCCCUGUGUGCGCUCGUGGUGACCUUGAUGCUGUUCACUGUGCUGGAUAUCCCCAAAUCUGAUAGGACGUCCAUUCAUAAGAACCUGUUCAUUGCUCUGAUCUGUGCCCAGGUGAUUCUGCUGUGCAGCAGCUCAGCCAUUCACAACAAGGUGGCGUGUACACUCGUGGCGGCGCUGCUUCAUCUCUUCUUCAUGGCGGCAUUUAGCUGGAUGCUGGUGGAGGGUCUGCUGCUCUGGAGCAAGGUGGUGGCGGUCAACCUGAGCGAGGAUCGACACAUGAAAUAUUACUAUCUCAUCGGCUGGGGUCUACCGGUGCUGAUAGUCACCAUCACGCUGGCAUCGGCCUCGGGCAAAUACUCUGCCGACGGCAACUGUUGGCUCAGUGUCCAGAACGGGGUUAUCUGGGGUUUUGCCGGGCCAGUCAUCUUCAUCAUCAUGGUAAAUAUCAUGAUACUGUCGAGGGUGGUCAUCAUCACAAUCUCCACAGCCAAGAGAAGGUCCAUCAUGUUGGCCAUGGGCACCAGUCCUGCGGAACAAGCCUACGAGCAGAUCAGGGCUGCAGUGAAAGCAGUGCUGGUGUUGCUUCCCAUCCUUGGAUUAACAUGGCUAUGCGGCGUCUUGGUGCCUUUCUCCAUUGUCAUGGCCUACAUCUUCAUCCUCCUCAACUCCCUACAGGGCCUUUUCAUCUUCCUGAUAUAUGGGGUGUACAACACAGAGGUUCGCAGCACGGUCAACAGGAUCAAAGAGAGGAGAAAAGCGCUUAAUUUUUCAAACUGUGCCAGCUCUCGACCAUCCAGCUCGGUCACCAGCUCUCGUCCUGUCAGUUUCCCUCUUGGAACGACCCCAAGCCAGGAAGAGGAGACCACCAAUACCUACACGCCAGACCCUGGCAAGGAGGAAGAGAGGAGCACAGGUCAGCUGUCCAUUCCUUGUGUUCCAGAGAGACUGGAAAAUCCCUCGAGCCAACCCUUCAAAGGCACUCAUCAGCAUGGAAAGGAUCCUCCUCCCUCAGAAAUGGAUGACUCCUUGCCAGCUGGUUGCAGCCUCCAUGUUCCCAUGGAGCUGGAGUUCACCACUUCCUGUUUCCCUCGUAGCCCAGCGCCUCAGAAAAGCCACGGCCUUGUCUACGUGGAUUGAGCCGGUCGGUGUC